CUUCGAGUUAACGCGGGCAAGUACGCGUCGAAACAGAUAAAGAGAAAAAAAGAAAAGGGGACGAAAUCAUCAGUGAUACGAUCGUCGGAAGAAGAAUAAUUGAAAUGAAUUUCUUAUUUAUCGUGACUAUUGAUGGAGUGUCAUCGUGAGGGAUUGAUGUGACGAGUUGUCACCCGUUGUUCCGUACGCGUUAACGCAGAGAAAGAUUUAGCGAAUUAAAAUGGAAAGGAAAAACUUUGGUGUAUCGCGAAUUUUCGUGUGUUGCUCGAACGUCGUUUUCCUGAUAACAGGUUUCACGUUGAUGUCAUUAGGAGCGUUGUUAUUAGCCGAUGACGAGCGUAUCCUAUUGUCGCGUUUAUUGGGACCAGGAGACAUACACCCCGAUCAACCACUUUUUUAUUACAUGGCAUUUGCAGUCGUUGGACUCGGAUUUCUGAUCACGCUCACGGGUCUGCUAGGAUGCUGGGCAACUUGCCUCUAUAAUCGAUGCGUGACAGUUUCAUAUCUCAUCACGAUAAUUCUGCUGUUACUUGGCGAAUGCACUGUGUGCGUUCUGAUAGUGUUCUGGCCUCAUGUGCUCGGCAUCGAUGUCAGACCAGCACGAUUGAUACGAGCCUUGCAACGUAGCUAUGCCGUUCCUGGUCGAGAACAAUUCACAGCAGCCCUUGAUCUCGCACAAACAGCGUUUGCUUGCUGCGGCAUAAACGGAAGCAGCAAUUACGGAACCUCCUGGUGGCGACUGCAGGAAGUCGGCCGACGAGAAUUAGUGGUGCCUCUCAGCUGCUGCACCCUGAACAACGUAAACCAGACCGACUCUUUCCUCAACCCCGAGCCUGCCAAUCUUACUCUCUGCCAGGCUUUGAAUCCUGCCGAACAUCAAUACGCCCGCCAUACCACAGGAUGCUUAGAGAUGUUAGAGAAAUGGACCCAAGAGCAAGCACUGAUACUGCUCACGAUCGGCCUUGCGGUGAUUUUCGUGGAAAUCGGCGCACUUCUAAGCACAUUCUUCGUCUGUUCGAAAAGUAGUAAGAGAGCCAAGUCUCAAGCAUCGACGUUUACGUCUACUCAAACUCUCAGCCCGUUUAGCGAAAGCGAUCACGACUUUGCAAGAGCAUAAUCGAAGAAUGGAAGAACCCUUCGAAAUUCAACGAGAACGUGUUACGAAGCGAUCAACUGUACGAGGAACGCGCGAUAGACGUCGUGCCAGACUAUUUUCUCAAAAGUUGUCCCAAAGAAAAGAACGAUCUGGAAAAAGUUCACAACGAUAAAAAGAACGCGUCUAAGUCGAAAUCCCACCAGAGUAGCGGCACCGUUAGGAGUAUUCCGAUAAAAAAUUAUCAGGCUUCGAUAGCGCACAACAUUGGUACACUUAGACGAUCGGAGGCACCUCAGUUUCAAUUUGAAUCUUCGAUAUCCGAGCCUGACAAGAGUUUCUACGUAACGAAAUACAAGACCGUGUCUUCACCGCAAAACGAGUUCGAGCCUCAAAUUCGACGAUCAGUCGCGGCUUCGAAACGUUCGGAAACCUUGAAUCCAUCCAGGAGAUCCUGUCACUCCUGCGACUACCAGUGUGAAGUUCAAAGUGGACACCGGAAAGUCAAUUCGAAGUUAAAAACGUUAGACAGGAGGAUGGUCAGAAGCGAUCAUAAUGUUUCCAUGCGAAAGAACGAUCAGGAUUUCACCGAUUUCGGUGAUUAUUUUCGCAAAUCUUCCUUUCAAAAAUUGAAUGCUGCUCGUCGAAGAUCGAAAGGAGACCGUGCGAAAAUCGAGGAACAAUCUAAUAAAGAAACGAUAGAGAACGAAGGUUCAAAACGUUCGAAAAAUAAGGAGGCACGAGUGAGAAGUAAAUGGGGGACCAUUGAUCUGGAACGUGGACACGUUGGUCAAAAGAUAUCGGCAUACGAGGAAAAUGCCAAGCGUAGUAGUCAUAACUGGGAAACUUUCGACACGUAUCAAGUGUUUCCUGAAAUAAAAAAGCACCGAGCCAUUGGUGUACCAUUAGUAGGCAUGCAUAAUGCAUGUGGCUUGCCUGUAGUUGCUUCCUGGCACGAUCAUGAAUUAUUGGAACCUCUGAGAGUCAAAGGUAGAGUUUUAGGAACAUUGAGACCAAUUUUCAAAGGACAGCGCUCUUCCAUCAAUUUCCGUCAUCGAACUCAUCCGAAGAGAAAAAUCCCAACGAAUCAGAGCAUUUCUAAAAAGAAUCGACCACUAGAUUUGAAUGAGUCUGAUAAGAAAAUAGAUUAUCCAUCGAUAAAAUCAUUAGUUUCUUUGGAACCAGCAAUGGAUGAGAAAGUUCGAAAGAAGAGGAGACAUAGACCUUCGUUCAAAGCUAAGAGGAUUGGUACAUUUUCAUCGAAAAGUACUAUGAAACGAAAGGGAAGAUCGCAUGGAAGAACAGAUAAAGAAAAUACUCUGAUUGGUAGCUUUCGUAGAAAAUCGUUCGAGACUGGAAGCGCCAAACGACAAACUUUGUAUGCGAGAGAUGAUGGAGAGGAGGCUGUGCAAGUUCUUAAAAGUUUAUGUCUAAACCCUUUGGCUCGAACGAAAUCCGAAACUGAUAUGAUAUGGUUAUUCCUUGGUUGCAAAGAAUGCAUAGUAAAGAAUGCAUAGACGUCAUGAUCAUUAAUGAACAAUCUGAUGAACUAUCACGGAAAGUUAAUAACAUUUUAUUCGUUCUAGGUAACAUUUGCUAUAUAAUUUAUAUAUUUGAAAUACAAUUCACAAUACAUAAUUUCGUAAUUAUAUAGGAUACAAAGAUGGAAAUGGAAAAGAUUAA